AAGUCUUUGUUUGGGAGUUUGGGAAUUUACUCAUUUAGGAUCUUUUUCUUUUUGCAUUUUUUUUUUCUACAGGCUGACUAAACUUAUAACAUUAGUUAUAAACUGUAUUGAAGUUCAAAAUGAUUUAUUCAAAGGCACUGCGAAUUUUUAGUUUUUCACUGCUUGUAUCUACAUGCGUUGUCUCUGACGACGACGGUUCCAGUGAAGAUUUAGUUUUUUCAAGCUCUUUACUGGAAAGUAUGCCAAGUUUUCCAAUGGGUAUGUUUGAAGAUGAUGAAGAAAAUAGCCUCCCCAUAUCUGGAAAUGGAACAUUUGGUAUACCUAACUUAAACAAGCAUCAUCCUAAAUAUCAAUGCCAUUCCUGUGAACAGCCAGACUGUUCAGAAGAAACCAUUUGCAAUAAUGCCUACCAGUGUUGGAAAUCUCGUGUUCGAGAUAUUUCUGGGGUUGAAUCAGUUUCUAAGGGUUGUACUACAAAUGCAGAACAAGUUGUACUUUAUUGCAAUACUUUGUCAUUUGAUGGAAAUGGAGAAAUUCAACAGGAAAGCAGCUCUUAUGCCAUAGAAUGUUGUGAAGGAAAUUUUUGUAACAAUGGCACUUUUCCCAUGCUCCCUACCACUCAAUAUUCAGACAACUCAGAAGAUGAAGAAUACUAUGCAACUGUUUUACGCUUAAUGCUAGCUAUUCUGUGCCCUGUUGUGAUUUUGGGCAUCGUUCUGGCUGUAAUUCUAUUAAUGAUGCGGCAUUGGCACAGACGCCGAAUGGCUCGGCUCACCACUAUGGAAGGUUCGCAAGAUCCUGAUUACACUUACAGGGAUGAGUUACGAGUGACAGCUGCUGGAGACAGUACUUUAAGGGAAGUUUUCGAGCAUUCCGUUACAUCUGGAAGUGGCUCUGGAAUGCCUCUACUUAUUCAGAGAACUUUGGCCAAACAGAUUACUCUAGGCGAAUGUAUCGGAAAAGGACGUUAUGGAGAGGUUUGGAGAGGAUUGUGGCAUGGAGAAAGCGUUGCUGUUAAAAUUUUCUUUUCUAGAGAUGAAGCAUCAUGGACAAGAGAAACAGAGAUUUACAGUACAAUGUUGUUUCGCCAUGAGAAUAUUUUGGGAUACAUUGGAUCUGACAUGACGUCUCGUAAUUCUAUUACGCAAUUGUGGCUCGUUACCCAUUAUCAUCCCUUAGGUUCUCUCUAUGACCAUCUGAACCGCCAUUCGCUUAACCAUGUCCAACUGUUGCAUUUAUCUAUAUCGGCUAUCAGUGGCAUUCUCCAUCUUCACACUGAGAUUUUUGGAACCCAGGGUAAACCUGCAAUUGCUCAUCGAGACAUUAAAACGAAAAAUAUUCUGGUCAGAUCGAAUGGAAUGUGCGUUAUAGCGGAUUUUGGUUUGGCAGUUACUCACACUCAAACAACUGGUGAAAUGAAUGUUGCCAACAAUCCUCGUGUGGGCACUAAACGCUAUAUGAGCCCUGAAGUGUUGGAUCAAACAAUCAAUAUGAGUAUUUUUGAAUCUUUUCGACGGGUGGACAUGUAUGCUUUUGGUCUUGUUCUGUGGGAAAUGUGCCGACGUACCGUGUCGUCAGGAUUUGUUGAGGAAUACCGGCCUCCCUUUUUUGAUAUGGUGCCGUCAGAUCCGAGUUUUGAAGAUAUGCGUAAAGUGGUUUGCAUUGACCAGUAUCGACCAGUUAUUCCUAUGCAUUGGGAAUCAGAUCCAAUUCUGUCGGGCAUUUGGCACUUAAUGAAAGAAUGCUGGCACCAAAAUCCCAACGUCCGACUCCCCGCACUUCGAUUAAAGAAAUCUCUGUUGAAACUAGCUAUGCAGGAUCCAUCUCUGAAUUUUAGACUUGAUUUUUGACAAGCCAAAAGUGGUUGGAGUGGCAUGAAUUUCAAUGAAUCUCUCCAAGCAGUUAUCAAAAUCAUGUCUCAAAAAUAGGUAUCCAGUCUGUCUGUUAUUUUUGUUACGCUUUUCUGCUACUAUUGGCAGAUUCUUAAUAUAAAAACGUCGCAUCAAGAACCGGACGAGGGUCGUGACAGCCUGAUUUUGCAUACGGGCAAAAAAUGCAAGUGCCAUUAAAGGGUUGUAUUUGCCUUGCUCAUUGAAAGUAAUAUUUUGUGUGUUGUUGACUAUUGUGUGCCAUAAGUGACAUUGUUAGAGCGAGAAUUCAUCGACGUGUUUUACGCGCUAAACGAUUGAUUAUCCUUAUUGUAUCGAAAUCGAAUUCCUUAUUACUAAAAUUAUUGCUUACUGAAAGUUUUUCAUUUUUUUCCAUCGUACCUAUAACUAUGACCCGAAAAGAAAUUCUGUUGACAAUAGAAGGCAUGUAGGUAGGGUCAAUUAUGAAAUUUAUUGUAUCGUCCUUUCAUGAAAUUUUGUUUAGUUUACAUUUUUUGAUGAGUCUGACGUAAUCUCGUUGAAAAUAUAUCCGAUUUUUUAUGCAAAA